CACUUUUCCACCGGCGCACAGGCACAACACGCACAACAGCAAUCGUGUUCGCCCGAGACGCGACGGAAACGAAGCGGAAAGGAAAAUAGCCAGCCAACUCGCUUCGGGUGGCGAGACCGGGUGCUCUAGGGCACACCGUGCGUACCGUCCUCAGUCGCGAACCGAACCUGCUCGACGUUCGACACGACACGUGCGGGAGAAAACGCCGUCGCGCCCGUUUCUCGAUUCCGUAAGGGAGAAAAAACGUUCGCAAAACACGGAUUAGGAGCAAAUACACGUUUUUAAGGUGCGUGAAUCUGUGUGCGUAUGUUUUUGUGUGUCGCCCACGACAGCACAAGGAAGUGGAAAUCAAUGACCGAAGUGAGUGUUCCUGGUUGGAAAUUAAUCGUUUCAGAACUCGAGAAGAAACAGGUUUCCCAUUCGUAGGCGCAGCACAAUCGCGAGUGAAUCGGUUUCGUCAAGCACAGUUGCAUAAAUCUUGCUGAAUUCAUCGCGAAAGUUAAGUGAUUCCCAACGCUUGAGCGUAACGUUUACGCGCCUUUUGCGCCUGUUUUUGCGUACGUCAACAGUUCCAGGCGCGGCCCCAAAACUUCCAGAAGCACCGCAGAACAGAAGGGCUGGGCGUUAAGUGGGUAACCUGGACAGUCGUCAGUAUUGCAGGCAAAAACGUCAGCCACCCCAUUAAAGGCCCGUAGCCGUGGCAAUGGUCCGCUCUGCUCCGUCCGUCGGUCGGUGAGGAAAUGGAGCGAACGCUGCGUUGGUUCCGGUGGGAUAUGUUGACGCGCCGAAUCAUCAUCACCAUCAUCAGCCAGCACCAGCAUCGACAUCAUCGCCAUCGACGUCAUUAAAUUGAGCAUCGACCGGAUUCAUCACCCGCAUCGCACACUGCCCAAGGCCGGGGCAACAGAUUGGGUCCGGCCAGGUUGUGCGUCAGAUCGCCCACAGGUGCUUGUCGCACAGAUUGUGUCGCAAGCGGCAAAACAACAGCCUAAAAAAGAUCCACACUCACCCGUCCAACUGGACACAGCCUGCGUUUCGAGGAAAAGGCAGGCCGAGCAAAGGAGAGAUAUAGAGAAAGAGCGCUGCGAGCCAUCCCAACCAGCGUGACCCUAAGAUAGCAUCAGGCAGAAGCGUUGGGAAACAACAAAAAAGAAAACAUGAAAACCGACGGUUUCGUACGCGUGCUGUGGUGGAAAUUGGUGCUAAUUAUAAAUUUAAUAGAUGGAAAAUCGAUGCACGAAAAGGACAAACACGAUGUGUUCAGCGUCGAGGGCGUCGAGGGACGGAGCGUUGAGCUGCACUGUCCCAUCACGGUACCACUGUCCCAGGUGUACAUGGUGCUGUGGUUUAAGGAUAAUGCCGGCAUCCCACUGUACAGUGUCGAUGUACGUGACAAAAUUUCCCGCCAGCCGGCACACUGGUCAGCGCCGGAAGUAUUUGGAUCACGUGCCAAAUUCAAUAUUGAUAAAUCACCGGCAUCUUUGCUGAUCAAGAAUUUAAAACGACACGAUCAAGGAGUGUACCGGUGCCGAAUCGACUUCCGCACGAUACAGACGCAAACGUAUCGGUACAACCUGUCCGUCAUUGUGCUGCCCGAGCAACCGGUGGUUCUGGAUCGGUGGGGACGCCACCUGAACGGCACCAAGCUCGGACCGAAGGAGGAAGGCGAUGACGUCGUUAUCACCUGCCGUGUUUCUGGUGGACGGCCACAGCCCGAGGUGCGGUGGCUUAUCAACGGCGUAAUCGUGGACGACCAGUACGAGCAAAACUCCGGUGAUGUCAUCGAGAACCGGCUGCUCUGGCCUACGAUACAGCGGAGCGAUCUGAAUGCCAUCUUCACCUGCCAGACGAUGAACACGAAGCUGGUCGAGCCGAAGGAGACGAGCUACGUGCUGGACAUGCACCUGAAGCCCCUGACGAUAAAGGUGAUCAAUCCACCGGCCACGCUCGUGGCGGACAAGCGGUACGAAAUCGUCUGCCAGAGUACGGGCUCGCGCCCGAACGCCAUCAUCACCUGGUACAAGGGCAAGCGGCAGAUGCGGCGCACCCGGGACGAAACGGUCGACCACAACACCACCACGUCCACCCUAAGCUUCGCGCCGACGACCGAGGAUGACGGCAAAACGCUCACCUGCCGGGCAGAAAACCCGAACGUGAACGGGCUGUUCCUCGAGACGGACUGGAAGAUGAAUGUUGUCUAUCCGCCGAUGGUUACGAUCCAGCUGGGACCGACGCUGGUCGUCGACGACAUCAAGGAAGGUGACGACGUGUACUUCGAGUGUCACGUACGGGCGAAUCCCGACUGGAAGCGGCUGCAGUGGUUCCACAACGACGUCCUGCUGCAGUACAACGGGUCCGCGCGCAUCAUCCAAAGCGGCCAGAGUCUGGUGCUGCAGAAGGUGACGAAACAAUCGGCCGGAUAUUACGCUUGCAGUGCAAUCAACGCCGAAGGCGAAACCGUCAGCGACCAGCAGCACCUGCGAGUGAAGCACGUUCCCGUCUGCGCUACGGAGCGGCAUGGUGGAAAUGCACCCGGUGGUAACGGUACCGACCCGUCCGGCAGCAACCGGAAUGCCAUACUAAUUGGCGCGUCCCGGAACGAGAAUGUGGAAAUUCCGUGCCACAUAUUCGCCGACCCGCCGGCCAGGUCGUUUCACUGGCGGUUCAACAAUUCCGCUGAAAUACUGCCCGUCGAUGCACAUCGCUACACCAGCCAGGGCAACAUUAGCAUACUGAACUACGCGCCGGUGACGGAUCAGGACUUCGGCACACUAACCUGCUGGGCCGUUAACGAAGUUGGCCCUCAAAGUCAACCGUGCACGUUCCAGCUCGUCCUGGCAGAUCUGCCCUCACCGGUAAGUAAUUGCAGUCUGCCAAACCGGACGCAACAGUUUGCGGAAAUCCAGUGCACACCCGGCUACGACGGCGGCUUACCGCAAGUGUUUGUGCUCGAGCUGGUAUCGAAAAGGACCGGAACGCGUCGGUUCAAUUUCUCCAACAAAAAUGAACCUUUCUUCGUGCUGGACCGGCUGGAGAAGCUGAGCGCACUGAUGACGCUGGAAAACAAUUCGCUCUCCUGCGUCGUGUACGCCAUCAAUCAGAAGGGCCGCAGCACACCUGUGCUAAUACAGGACUUUGAAAUUGGUCGCAUCCAGCCGUACCGAGCGGUCACCGAACGACGAGCGGACGCCAUCGAGUGGCUGCCGAUAGCUGUUGGCAUUUUGCUCACCGUCAUAAUAUUGGCUCUAUCAAUUUCCACCAAAACAUAUCUGAACCGCUGCCUCGCUGCCGGCUGCUGCUGUCGUCGGUGUUGCGCCGCCAGUGCAAAGCGGAACGAUGCGUCGGCGUCCGAUAAAAGUGAGCAGCAGCAGCAGCAUCAGCAACAGCAAACGAAAAACGUACUCCUGCCGGAUGAGUACGAGUGUGGGGCGCACUGUUUGAAGCUGAAAAACGUGCAAAUGUUACGAAGGCACAGCUCGCGCAAGAAAAACUGCUCCAAAGACUCGAACGACGACGAACCGGAGCCGGACGUCAUACCAGCACAGUUUAACAUGGUGUCCUGCACCCCGCUCAUAGCAACACCGCAGCACACCGAUGCAGCCGCCCGCGACAAGGACGCACACCAGUACGGUGGCUUCACGUCCCCGCCCGCCACAUAUAAGAUGGGAACAAUCGUCGACCAUCAUCCGGCCGUGCCACAGCAGGACACGGCGCUCGAGUACCGGACGCACGGUAGCAUCGUCGGCAUACUGCCCACCGCCCGGACAGCAGCGGCCGGGGCAGCGGCCGAGCUCGAUAUCAACGUGAUCAAGGACCGGCUGCUGACGACGCGCGUACCCGAAAGCUGCGUUUGACGCGUUGCAGCAGCGCCGUUGCAUCGAUAGAAGUUGUUAUAAACUCAGCACAAUACACCCUACACCCUACAUACGUGCGCAUGAGGACGGCGGUGGUAGACGGAGGAGACGUGCCACUUGACAUCCUGCACUGUUCCAACCGGCAGCUACUGGCCACUUGCCAGCGCCAGCCGGUACAAGUGCACUCUACCCAGUCGCAACGCGUGAUGUGACGGGCGACAAGCAAACCUCUCCUGGUGUAUGUGAUUUUAUCUGCUGGUCUGUUUUUUUUCUUUUCUUUUUCGAUUCUAUUCUAUCGAUGGAAGUGAAAAAAGAGGAGGGAAAAAUGUAUAAAAUAAGCAUAGCUAUCAAAAAACUGACGAAUGUGAAAGAGGGAACCUGUGCAUAUCUUUGAAUUGUCUUCGAAAAGGCGUGAGAGUAUUAUAAACCCUUCCGCGACCUGGUUGGGCCAACUUAUGAACUUAGAACUCAAUAAAAUCCGCACAAAACUGAAGUAA